CCAACUGAAUCCCCACCCCGACCAUCAUCCUAUCCUAUCCAAUCCCGGCCAAAUUCUUCUACACACAAACUUUAUAAGUCCAAUUUGAUCACCCAAAAUUUGUCAAUUUGCCAAAUGCAAAUGGCCGAGUUACUAACCGAGUUAAUUCCCGGUCUGCCGGAAGAACUCGGAUACGAGUGCCUGACCCGUCUGCACUAUUCCACUCACCGAGUAGCCUCCCAAGUCUGCCGCCGAUGGCAGCACCUUGUCCAAAGUCGGGAAUUUUAUAACCACCGGAAGCAAUCCGGGCGGACCCACAAGGCGGCCUGCCUGGUCCAGGCUCUUCUGGUUCAGACGGGAUCGGACGAGGCCAAACCGGCUAAACCGCCUGGUUAUGGGGUCUCCAUUUUUGAUUCCGUGAGUGGGAAUUGGGACCGGAUCGACCCGGUUCCGAAGUACCCGCACGGGCUUCCGAUGUUCUGUCAGGUGACAAGCUCGGAGGGGAAGCUGGUGGUGAUGGGCGGGUGGGACCCGUCGAAUUACCAGCCGAUUCGGGACGUGUUCGUGUACGAGUUCACGAUUCAGCGGUGGACUCGGGGGAAGGACAUGCCCGAGACCCGGUCGUUCUUCGCCGCCUGUGAGCUAAACGGGCGGAUAUACAUCGCCGGCGGCCACGACGAGAACAAGAACGCGAUGAAAUCGGCGAUGGUUUACGAUGUGAGGGAGAACGAAUGGGGCGAGCUGACCGAGAUGAGUCAGGGCCGAGACGAGUGCGAGGGGUUCGUAUCCGGGUCGGAGUUUUGGGUCGUCAGCGGGUACGCGACGGACAUGCAAGGGAGGUUCGUGGGGAGUGCGGAGGUCUAUGAAACCGGGUCGGGUCGGUGGAGGCUGGAGGAGGACGUGUGGCCGGCGGGUCAGUGCCCGAGGUCGUGCGUCGGGGUUGGGAAAGACGGGAAGUUCUUCUGUUGGGGCGACUGCGAUCCGAGAGUCCGGGCCGGGCCUUGCGCGCUCGGGUUGGGGAAAUGGUCCUUUUUGGCGGGGUCGGCUUUCCAGGGAGCAUCGCAGGAGGCUUUUUUGGUGGAAGGGCAGAAAGGUAAAUUGAUGAAAAUGGAAACGCCGGAGGAGUUCUCUGGGUUCGUGCAGUCCGGGUGCUGCGUGGAGAUUUGAAUUUUCUUUUUCUUUUCUUUUCUUUUCUUUUUUUUGGAAAAAGAAAUAUAUGAGCGUGUAUGUAUGAGUGAAGUUGUAUGCAGCUUUUGCUUUUUGUCGGACUAAAUUGUAAAAAUAUCAUACUUGUUGUGGUCUUCCUGUUUAAUUUUAUAAAAUCUCAAUGGCACUAAAAUUUUGUUUACACUA